AUUUUUCUGCCCGUGAGAGUGUUUGUAGACUUUUGGAGUUCAUAAUGCCUGUAAGCAACGGAUCGGUGAUGGAUUUACCUUCGGACUAUGUGAAAAUUAAGGCGCAUUACGCUGGGGACAUGCUGAUCUCUGACCUGGACUCAGCAAUGACGUACACCGAGUUGUGUGAGGAGGUGAGAGAAAUGUGCGGGGUGCGCAGAGAAAGGCCCAUUACGCUCAAAUGGAUCGAUGAUGAAGGGGACCCGUGUACCAUCUCCUCUCAGAUGGAGCUGGAAGAAGCAUUCCGCAUCUAUUGCCGGAACCGAAGAUCUGGGCUCCUCCUACAUGUGUUCCCUAGCAUUCCUGAAAGACCAGGUAUGCCGUGCCCAGGAGAAGAUAAAUCGAUCUAUCGCCGCGGGGCUAGACGAUGGAGGAAGCUGUACCGGGUGAACGGGCACCUUUUCCAGGCCAAACGCUUUAACAGGAAAGCGUACUGUGGCCACUGCAGUGAGAGGAUAUGGGGACUGGGGCGUCAGGGGUACAAGUGUAUCAACUGCAAGCUACUGGUCCAUAAACGCUGUCACAAGCUCGUCCCUCUGACCUGUCAUAGGCAUAUGGAUCCAGUCAUGCCAUCACAGGAGCCGUUGGUAGACGAUGAUAAAAGUGGCGAGGAAGUGGAGCUCCCCCCUGAGGACCCUGAAGAAACAGACUCAAUUCCAGUCCCUUUCUUAGCGCACAACCGAAAAGUAGAGAAAGCUGAAGGUGAUGCAGAGGAUCUAAAGGCGGUGGUUGAUGGUCUCGAGGGGAUUCAGAUCUCUCAGUGUCUCGGCUUGGGAGACUUUGACCUGAUCCGUGUUAUUGGGAGGGGCAGUUACGCUAAAGUGCUACUGGUCCGACUGAAGAAGAAUGAACAGAUUUAUGCCAUGAAGGUGGUGAAGAAAGAGCUGGUCCACGAUGAUGAGGACAUUGACUGGGUCCAGACAGAGAAGCAUGUGUUUGAACAGGCAUCAACCAAUCCGUUCUUAGUGGGACUUCACUCCUGUUUUCAAACAGAGAGUCGCUUGUUUUUAGUGAUCGAGUAUGUGAAUGGAGGAGAUCUCAUGUUUCAUAUGCAGAGGCAGCGGAAGCUUCCUGAGGAACAUGCACGAUUUUAUGCUGCUGAAAUUUGCAUCGCUCUUAAUUUUCUGCAUGAGAAGGGCAUCAUUUACCGGGAUUUAAAACUGGACAAUGUACUGUUGGACCAAGAUGGCCAUAUCAAACUUACAGACUAUGGCAUGUGCAAGGAGGGAAUCAGACCAGGUGACACCACCAGCACUUUCUGUGGGACGCCCAACUACAUCGCCCCAGAAAUCCUAAGAGGGGAGGAUUACGGGUUCAGUGUAGACUGGUGGGCCCUGGGCGUGCUCAUGUUUGAAAUGAUGGCAGGCCGAUCCCCCUUCGAUAUCAUCACUGACAAUCCCGACAUGAACACAGAGGAAUAUCUCUUCCAGGUCAUUUUGGAGAAGCCGAUAAGGAUUCCGAGGUCAUUGUCUGUUAAGGCGGCGAGCGUGCUGAAAGGUUUUUUGAACAAGGACCCAAAAGAGAGGCUGGGUUGCCAGGUUCAGACCGGAUACACAGAUAUCAAGUCUCAUACGUUCUUCAGGAGUAUAGACUGGGACCAGCUGGAACAAAAGCAGGUGACGCCGCCGUUCAAACCUCAGAUCACAGACGACUACGGUUUAGAAAACUUUGACACGCAGUUCACCAAUGAGCCCGUACAACUAACGCCAGACGAUGAGGAUGUGAUAAAGAGAAUAGACCAGUCAGAGUUUGAGGGAUUCGAGUACAUUAAUCCACUGCUGUUCUCCACUGAGGAAACCGUAUGAGGGAAGAACUGUUCAUUCUGAAAGAUGUGCGGCUUCAAGACUACGGUUGAGUUUACCUCAGACUAUGUGUUCAAGACAAUAGGACGGCCAUUUUUCUCUUUCAAACUGUUGACUAAGACUUCAAGUUCCUGAAUUGUUUCAGGGUCGCACUGCAAGUACGAACACGUGGAGAAACUACACGGAACAGUUCCCCAAAUUUCAGCUGUUUGUCUUCCUGCUUCUCGGCAUCCUCUUUGAUUUCGAUGCCCACGUUUGUGUGCGUGCUCCAUCAUCGUGUGCCUGCGUCCAUCAGAGACUACAUUUCCCACCAACCCUAGCCGAACGUGACGGCUCUAACUUAUUGUGCACUUUUAUUUUAUUUUCUGUUCGACUUUUUGAUUAUCUUGAUCUUGUAUGAGGUGCACCUCAAGCAAAACAAGAAUGUAUAAUGUUAAAAGGUAACGUUCAGACUUGUAUUAUAGUGUAGGUAGCCAAACUAAGAAUUUAUGAUGCCUUUUACGAUGCAAAGUGGCACAUUUUAAUUCACAACCGUGACGGUUCCAUCCACAGUGCUUCGAACAACAACGCUUUUAAUCACCCGUGUUGAUUUUACAGAGUAAAUGGGAGACAAAGUGUGUUUUAUGAAGAAGUGCCUCAAAGAUCUCAAAUUCACCCUAGUCCACUUUUAAUCGGAGUUUGUUUUCUAGUGCAUCAUCCAAUGAGGAUGUUGAAUGCAGGUGUGCUUUUUCAUUGACAAAAACACACAAGAGCUUUUUCUUUGAUAAAAACCGUCCAACUUA